UUGAGCAAAACAAAGAAUAUGUUGGAUGUAAAUAAAAAUCAGAACAUGAUUCACUAAUGAAAGAUAUUCCAAUUCUUCAAAAAUAUGUUUAUUAUAAUGGCGUCCAAUAAACCAAGCCAGGCGAUGACAGACCUUCGGACUUCAUUAUUAAAGAGCGAGGCUCAAAAACAAUCAUAUACAGAAGAAAAUAUUUCCAUUCAAGAAACAGAGGAUUCCGAUGAAGAACGCGAGCUUACUAACCUCAAUUGGCUAUUGAUAAAUCAAAAUUUAACAUGGCCGAGGACCAAUGUUACAAAUUUCGAGGAAAAUGCAAAUACGAAUUCCGACACAACAUUUCCUUAUAAUCAAUACAUCCAUGGAAACCAAAUCAAACUAAAAUGUUCCAGUGGCCCAAAAUCAGAAAUAAUGAAAGCUCAAAAAUCAAUCCCUAAGCGGGCAACUCCAUCUGAACGCUUUGAAUUAUUUGUUAACAAAGUAAAAAGGGAUUUAAAAGAGUAUGAAAAGUUUGCAGCCAAAUAUGAAACUGAUGUCACUGUGAAACCACCUUUUAAUUACUCUCAUAUAAUAGGGAUGGCUAUGCUUAAAAAUGGUCGAAUAACUUUACAGCAAUUAUGCAAUUGGAUAGAGGCUAAGUUUGCAUUUUUUAGAGUACGUAAGAAAUGGAAUAACUCUAUAAGACAUAACUUAUCACUACACCACUGCUUUCGCAAUCGAAAAAGAGAGGAAAAAGGAAAAGGCGGUUAUUGGGAGUUGGGAGUUGACCUAAAACAAUGUGACAGAAAACGAAUACGAAAUAGAAAACUAUGUCAUCCAAAACUAAAUCAAACAGCAAAAUACCGUUAUGAUCAGUUAACUUAUAAGCAUAAUGAAACUUCUUCUCAGCCUCAAUAUUCCAGAUUACCUAAAAUUACUAAGAAAAAUACACCGUUAGAUAUAUCAAAAACAAAAAAUUUUAAAAAAAUUACAACUUUUACCGAGUUUAACUUUCUCGAAUCCAUAAAUAAUGGUUCUACCGAUCACGUAAAUGAAGUGGAGUUGGAAAAACGCCAGUCACAAACAAUAAGUAAAGAGAGUAUAUCACAAAAAAUGCUUGAUCUUGACACACUUAUAAUAGGACCAGAAGAAUUUAUAAAAGCGCCUCAAAGCUUUACCUCCCACAAAGUAGACAAUGCCAACAUGGUUUCUGGGGAAGAAGUGUUUGGCACAUUUGACAACAUAAAUAUUUAUUCAGAUGAGACAUCUAUGUUUGCUUCAAACGCAGGUAUCGCAGAAGAUCGACAUCUAUCUGGUCCUACCCAUCCAUGCAACGUAACAAUAAAUUAUGAUUACACUAACUUUCUACCCCUAGCUGACACCAUAAGUCAACAGAUUCACUUUAUGAAUAACGCCGAGAAUAGUCGAAACGAUGAUGAAAUGUAUAACCUUUUUGAUGUUUGUGUAACACACUAUUAAAAAAAUGUGUAUGUUUGAAGAAACAACUUUGUACACCGCUUUAAUAAACUAUUAUUAAAAAUAAACUUUA